UAAUGAUCAGACAUUGGCACCAAGCGCAACUAUACCACUACGUCAAAAUUUUAAUAAUUAAUUAUCUCCACAGCUAAUUUUUACUUGGGGUCUACUGUGCUGGUCCAAAUCCAAUCUCCAAAUCAUCAUUUAUUCUUGUUUUAUUUUCUUCCCCUUAUAGAAAAUAAAUAAAGUCGCCGUUAAACUGAGAUAAUCCCUAGAAUCCUGUGCAGCCCAUCGGAUUCGCCCCUUAAUGCAGACAAUAACCACAUCCACCUGACCCCGCUCCUUUUCCCCUCGCCGGGGACGGUGACGGGUUCCGCUGCGAUGGGGACGAUCUUCUUGCUUCUCUUCUUCCCCGUCCUCUUCUCUCCCAUCUCUGCACUCGACUUUCUUUUCAAUUCCUUCAACGGCAUCGUCAAUGGCACCAACCUUACUCUCAUCAACGACGCUCGCGUCGACCACACCGUCAUCCGCAUGACCAACGACUCCAACCAGUACUCCUUCGGACGAUCCUUCUACCCCACCGCCGUUUCCAUGAAACCAAACUCCAAUUCCUCCAAUAUUUCUUCCUUCUCCACUUCCUUCGUCUUCUCCAUUUUGCCCCAGAUCUCCACGAGCCCAGGUUUCGGUCUCGCCUUCGUCCUUACCAGUACCAUGUCUCCCGUCGGUGCCCUAGCCAGCCAGUACUUCGGUCUCUUCACAAACGCCACACGGCCCGCCGUCACUCCACUGUUCGCCGUUGAAUUUGACACUGGUCAGAACCCAGAGUUCAACGACCCAGAUGAUAACCACAUCGGAAUCGAUCUGAACAACAUUGAAUCCGCCGUCACGAAAUCCGCAGGCUACUAUAAUUCCACUGGUGGUUUCGUGCCUAUUCGAAUGCGUGAUGGUCGUAACGUUCGAGCUUGGAUAGAUUUUGAUGGCGCAAAUUUGGAGAUAAAUGUCACGGUUGCGCCAAUUGGCGUUACUCGCCCGUCUAUGCCGACGCUUUCGUAUAAAGACCCUGUUAUAGCGAAUUACGUGUCGGCAGAGAUGUAUGUUGGAUUUUCUGCAUCGAAAACGAAUUGGGUUGAAGCACAGAGACUUUUAGCUUGGAGCUUCAGCGAUACCGGACCUGCGAAAGACAUCAAUACGACAAAUUUUCCAGUCUUCAAGCCACAAUCGUCGCCUUCGAAGCUUUCAGGUGGGGCGAUUGCGGGGAUCGUCAUUGGAUGUGUUGCUUUUAUGGUGAUUUGUGGUUCUGGGUUUUACCUGUGGUGGCGAAACAAGAAAUUGAAAGAGCAAGAGGACGAAAUGGAAGAUUGGGAGCUAGAGUACUGGCCCCACAGAUUCUCAUGCGAGGAGCUCAGCGUGGCUACUGAUGAAUUCCGCAAGGAAAAUCUUUUGGGUUCAGGAGGAUUCGGAAGAGUCUACAAAGGAACACUAUCGAACAACACAGAAAUCGCAGUCAAGUGCGUCAACCACGAUUCCAAGCAGGGGUUACGAGAAUUUAUGGCGGAGAUCUCCAGCAUGGGCAGGCUUCAACACAAGAAUUUGGUUCAAAUGAGAGGAUGGUGCAGAAAAGGGAACGAGCUCAUGCUUGUUUACGACUAUAUGCCUAAUGGAAGUCUGAACAAAUGGAUUUUCGACAAACCUGCCAAGCUUCUGGGCUGGGAACAACGUCGUCGAAUCCUCGUCGACGUCGCCGAAGGGCUAAACUAUCUACACCAUGGUUGGGAUCAAGUGGUGAUACACAGAGACAUUAAGUCGAGCAACAUAUUGCUGGAUUCGGAAAUGAGAGGCAGAUUGGGGGACUUUGGUCUUGCUAAGCUUUACCAACAAGGUGAGGUUCCAAACACGACGAGAGUGGUAGGUACGUUGGGGUAUUUGGCACCUGAGCUGGCGUCGGUGGCUGCGCCGACGGCGGCGAGCGAUGUGUACAGCUUCGGCGUGGUGUUGUUGGAGGUUGCGUGUGGGCGGAGACCGAUAGAGACGUCCGCGCCGGAGGAGGAGGUAGUGUUGAUUGACUGGGUAAGGGACUUGUACGCGAACGGGAGUGUAGUCGACGCGGCGGAUGCAAGGAUUAAGGGUGAGUACGAUCAGGGAGACAUGGAGAUGAUUUUGAAGCUUGGUUUAGCUUGUUGUCACCCUGAUCCGCAGAGAAGACCAACCAUGAAGGAGGUUGUGUUGCUUUUGUUGGGCGAGGAACUCGGGGCGGCGCCGGUGGAAUCGUUGUCUGAGUUAGCUCGCGGCGAGAGCGGCACCGUGAAUAGUGACGGCGACAGGGAAUCACAAGAGGCGGCGCUACAGGGGACCACGCAUGCGGUUUAACUCUCUUGUUUAAUUAUUUUGACUUGUGCUCUGGUUUGCUUUUAAUCAGUAAAUAUUGUAAUUAAUGAUUUAUUACGGGGUAAUGGAUGUUAAACUUUUUGUGGAGGUUCCGAAGUCCGCCGGGGAAGAAAAGUUUUGUAAAGGCCGUUGUGAUUAAUUAAUUUUUUAA